AUGGAACCCCAAUUCAGCAGCAGCUACUACUACAGCCAUGAUGCCGGCGCCGUCUCCGCCGCCUACGUGCAUUGUGAUAGCCACCACUACGGCGCCCUGCAAGGCUACGACGACAGCCCCUACUACUCUACCAGCACUAUGGCCUCUUCCGGCUUCUUCCAGCCCUCCUCGGCCGCGUACUACGACGAUGCUGCUAUCGCUUACAGUGGUGACCACUACCCUUGUUCAUCGUCGACGACGUGGGCGUCGUCAUCGUCGUCGGGUACCACAACCUCCCACCACCACCAACAACAGCCGCAGCAGCUGCAUUUUGGCGGCAGCGGCGGCGUUGAUGAAUAUGAAUACUACAGCUACCAGGAGGAUGGCACGGGCCAGCAGGUGGACAUGGAUCAGUUCAGCGCUCCCAUGGGGGCGGCCUUCGGCAUCUCCAGCAGUGCUUCGACGACGAGCACGCCAGCGGCAUAUUCCCUGCCGGCAGCAACGGUGCAACCGGCCGCCGUCUCCGUCGUCCAGGAGUCGAGCCCCAGCUGCGGCGGCUACCUGCAGGAGGAGGCGGCUGGAGCGCCGCUGAUCGGGGUACGGAAGCGGCCGUGGGGCAAGUUCGCGGCCGAGAUCAGGGACUCCACGCGCAAUGGCAAGCGCGUGUGGAUCGGCACCUUCGACACCCCCGAGGCCGCCGCACUCGCCUACGACCAGGCGGCCUACUCCAUGCGCGGCCCCGCCGCGGUGCUCAACUUCCCCGUCGAGCACGUGCAGGAAUCGCUGCAAGCGCUGGGGCUCAGCGGCGCCGCGGGGGACUCCCCAGUGCUGGCGCUGAAGCGGCGCCACUGCAUCCGUAAGCGCUUGCCCAAGAACAAGAAGGCGGCUGGCAAGGAACAGACGAAGGUGGUGACGAGCUGCCAUGGACAUGGGCAUGUCAUGCAAAAGCAGGCAGAUUCUUGCGUGAUGGAGCUGGAGGACCUUGGGGCGGAUUACUUGGAGCAGCUGCUCGCCCUGUCAGAUCAAUGA